CGCGUUCCUGGUAUACCACAUUCAACAAGUGAACCAAGCCGAGCAACAUGAAAACACAUUCGGUUGGCGUUUUAUUCAUUGGUUUAAUCCUCGUUCAACUCAUCUCAGUAAACAACGCAUCAUGUCGGAACCGUUGGAAGGUACUGAGCAUGGCGUCUUGCAAACGAUCCGAAAUUCAGCCCACAUUCAAGGAAUAUGUAGCGGAAUUUCGUAUAUUCGAUUUGAACGAAGAUGGUGUUAUUACUGAUAACGAAGUACAGAGGCUUGUGGAGUUUCUCCAGUCCGCUGAUCUCAACGGCGAUGGAAAGGUGAGUCUCAGCGAAUACAUCAAGGAUGGCGAGAGUUCAGAAGAAGACCAGCUCAACGUGUAACGGCAACUAUUCGUCUCAUUACAACAGGGGAUGAGUGACAAUUAGGAGUAAUUAGAAAAGUGUGCGCUGACCAAAUCAUAAUGCGUUUUCAAGGACCUAGUGUGUGUACAUGUGUUGAACUCUAAAGAAAUGUGGCGUGAGAAAUAUGUUUUUUUUUCAACAUCUGAGGAUAGUUUUUGAAUCGCAUCUAGCUUAUGACUUAUUUUUUAGGAUAUUUCCAUUUAUUCAUAACGUCAUCACGUGUUUAGACUACGACAAAGCAAUUACGUUUAUUUUAUUAUGAUUG